AUGACGGAAUUCCGGACAACUAAGGAGCGAUUUGCUUCUGUACUUUCGCCGAGACAAAUACAGGAUGCAGACUCCAAAGACCUAGAUAUCAUCAAAUGGGGGAACUCCUCGGUCCACGACGGCGACUGUUUACUAGAUGUCUGCGUUUGGUCUCCAAAGGGACGACGAGCGGAUUUUGACACAUUCGCUGCUUUAUAUGGCAUUGUACCCAAUCAAGUCGACCGUGUUGCGAGUUGCCACGAUACAGUUGAUACUAUAAAUGAGCACGCAAGCGUAUACACAUCGAAAUCCAGCCAGUCUCCGCAAGAAUAUCACGACACAUUCGCCGCCUUCGUCCAGGAGCUUACAGCUUCAAAAUGA